AUGUAUGAGGAUAUGAAUGCCUUAUACUCAGACGCGAUAACUCAAUACAUGUCUACAGAAAUCUUAGGUAAAGUGAACCCAGAAAAAGUAUCAGAUAUCCAAAGCAUUGCACCUGAUGCAGAUAUAGGUUAUACACUUGAAGUUGAUUUAGAAGUCCCAGUAUACUUACACAAUUACUUUACAGAUUAUCUAUUAACGCCAGAAAAGCAAAUAGUACCUGAAAACUGGUUAAGUCCAUAUAAUGUAAAAUUAAUACAAGACAAGGAAAUGGAAGGUGCUAUAUAUGAGACAAGGGCUAAAGGUCACAAAGAUCCACAGCGCACUCAAGAUGAGACAAAAGAGGAUCCAAUAAGCGAAUCAGUAUGCUUAAAGCCAAAAAUGUAUUCAGUUCUUCUAGCAGGUCAUGAUCUUAAAACUCCUGAAACGGAUGCAGAUUUUGAAAAAGAGUUAGAAGAGGAAGAAUAUAGAAAGUCACAGGAUGAAAAGAAAUGGAAGAAAAAGCAUGGCAUCUAG